AUGGCUAAAAUCAAAUCUAUUGAAUACUUCCGCGUCAAGCCGCGAUGGCUCUUUGUCAAGGUCACCGACGACGAGGGCGGAUUCGGCUGGGGCGAAGGCACGUUAGAAGGUCAUACCCAGGCUGUCGAGGGAGCGCUUGACGAGAUUAUCGUGAGGCUUGUGGGGUUGGAGGCGGAUGACAUUGAACAUAUCUGGCAGCUUGUCUGGCGACUGGGCUUCUACCGCGGAGGCCCCGUGUUCAUGUCCGCUAUCUCAGGUAUUGAUAUCGCAUUGUGGGAUCUCAAAGGGCGCACACUGGGCGUGCCUGUGUAUCAGCUUCUUGGAGGGAAGGUUCGGAACAAAGUGCAGGUUUAUGCCUGGAUUGGAGGCGAUCGGCCGAGCGAUGUUGAGGUUGCAGCAAAAGCACGGAUUGAGCAAGGCCUCAAAUGUAUCAAAAUGAACGCCACCGAGGAUGUGAAUUGGCUUGACGGACCUGCGGUGUUGGACUCGUGCGUUGAACGCCUCAAGACCGUCAAAUCACUCGGUCUCGACGCAGGGCUAGACUUCCAUGGCCGACUGCACAAGCCCAUGGCAAAGCAGCUGGCCAAGGCACUCGAGCCGUACCGCCCGCUCUUUAUCGAGGAGCCCCUGCUGUGCGAGCACCCCGAGGCACUGAAACAGUUGUCCGGGCUGACCACAAUUCCAAUCGCGUUCGGGGAGCGGUUGUUCACACGGUGGGACGUGAAGAGGUUCCUUGAAGAUGGGUCGGUGGAUGUGCUGCAGCCAGAUAUUGCACAUGCAGGCGGCAUUUCGGAGACCAGGCGCAUUGCGUCGCUGGCAGAGACGUACGAUGUGGCGAUUGCGCCGCAUUGUCCGUUGGGCCCGAUUGCGUUGGCAGCAUCGAUCCAGGUGGCCGUUUCGACGCCGAAUUUUGUGAUUCAGGAGAUGAGCCUGGGAAUGCAUUACAACGUGGAAGCCGGAGAUAUUGAUUUGAAUAGUUAUUUAGUAGACAAGUCGGUGUUUGACAUCGCGGAGGGGUUUGUAAAAGCGCCGUCGGGCGUGGGACUGGGAAUUGAAAUUGACGAGGAGCUGGUGAGAGCUAUUAGCAAGGAGACAGAGCCGUGGGCCCCUAAGGAGUUUUAUGGACCGGAUGGAGCGAUUCGUAGAACUGCACUCGUUACCGGCGGAACUCGCGGCAUUGGCCAGCAGAUGGCCAUUGGCAUGGCCGAGGCUGGCGCCGACAUCGUCCUUGUCCAGCGAGACACCAGCAACCAAGAGACCAAGCAACGGAUCGAAGCUCUCGGGCGCACUGCAACCAUCUACACAGCGGAUCUUUCAUCUCGUCCCUCUAUCUCGGCGCUCGUAUCCUCCGUCCUCAAGGAUGGCCAUGACAUCUCGAUCCUGCUCAACUGCGCAGGGAUUCAACGCCGACACCCAAGCCAUCUCUUUCCGGACUCGGACUGGGAUGAGGUCCUGCAGGUCAACCUAUCGACAGUCUUCACGCUCUGUCGCGAUAUCGGUGCCUAUAUGCUCACUCGUGCCCCCGACGCCUCCGGCAAGCGUGGGAACAUCAUCAAUAUUGGCUCUCUGGUCUCGUUCCAGGGAGGGUUGACGGUCCCAGCCUACGCGGCGGCUAAGGGCGGCAUUGCGCAGUUGACCAAGGCGUUGUCCAACGAGUGGGCGGCCAAGGGGGUCAAUGUGAAUGCCAUCGCACCGGGAUAUGUGGCCACGGAUAUGACGUCCGCAUUGAUGCAGGACGAAGAGCGCUCGGCUGGAAUUCUGGCACGGAUUCCGGCGGGCAGAUGGGGCACCCCGGAGGAUUUUAAGGGGGUGACGGUGUUUUUGGCAAGUCGGGCCAGUGGGUAUGUGACAGGGGAGGUGUUGACGGUGGACGGAGGGUGGAUGGGGAGAUGA